UCGCGCCCAUAUCUUUUUCUGACUCAUCAAUACUUAUUUAUCUCCUCCUUUCCUUCUUCCCCCAAUUUCUGGUGCCUAUGGCUCUCUAUGAAAUCCCCACAAAUAUGGUUCUCCAGAUACUCCGUGACCUCGCCGUCUUUAUAACUCCGCUUUGGAUUGCGGUUAUCUUCGGCGUCGUUGUCGGUUGGGUCUGGAAACCCAAAUGGGCCAUCCACCCCAGGGACUGGUUCAACUUUCGCUUCCCUUGGUCGGGACACAAUUCCCACCCCCAAAACGACACCGCUUCUUUUUCCGCUUCGAGUGAGACUGGGAAAGAGUCUUCCAGUAAUGGUGUUGUGACGGAACAUGAUUUGCUUCACUUGUCCAAGCUGGUGGAGGAAAAGGACGGAGGCCCCGCGUGGAUUCAGAUGAUGGACCGUUCUACCCCUACCAUGACCUAUCAAGCAUGGCGUAGGGAUCCUGAGACUGGACCUCCUCAGUAUCGCAGCAGAACGGUGUUCGAAGAUGCGAGUCCCGAGUUGGUUAGGGAUUUCUUUUGGGACGAUGAGUUCAGGUUGAAAUGGGACGACAUGCUUAUUUAUGCUUCCACCAUUCAAGACUGUCCUAUCACUGGAACCAUGAUAGUGCACUGGGUCCGCAAGUUUCCCUUCUUUUGCAGUGAUAGAGAGUAUAUCAUAGGUCGCCGAAUUUGGGAUGCUGGACAAGCUUACUAUUGUGUAACCAAGGGCGUACCUUGCUCAUCCAUGCCAAGGCACAACAAACCUAAACGGGUUGAUCUAUAUUAUUCAAGCUGGUGUAUUCGUGCAGUUAAAUCAAGAAAAGAUGGCCAGCUGACUUCAUGUGAAGUGUUAUUGUUUCACCGCGAAGAUAUGGGCAUACCCUGGGAAAUUGCUAAGCUUGGAGUUCGACAGGGUAUGUGGGGAGCUGUCAAGAAGUUUGAUCCUGGACUACGGACAUAUCAGAAAGAAAGGGCUUCCGGUGCCCCAUUGUCACGCUGUGCAUAUGCUGCUAAAAUCAACACUAAAGUAUCUGUGGACUAUCUGAGGUCUCUGGAAAACACGACCAGUUACUUAUUGGAGAGUGAAAAUCAGGAUUCAUCUGACAAACCGGUUGGGAGGAGCAUACCUAAAAUUCUUAUUGUUGGUGGAGCCAUUGCCGUUGCCUGCACUCUUGACCAAGGAUUACUGACUAAGGCAGUUAUAUUUGGAGUAGCCCGAAGAUUUGCAAAAAUUGGAAGGAGAUUGUGACACAAUGCUUUUUGCUCUGAGAAAUUGCCAGCCGAUUCCUGCUGGCAGUAGAAUUAGAAACCAAUAUGUGACUUCUUGCUUUCGAGCAACUGUUUAUUCUGGGUCUUGUUAGCAGCCUUGGUUCAAGAGAAAUGGACGAAGGGUAUUAUUCUUUCACCAUUUGAGGCAGCUUUUAAAAGGAAAUAGGGACACUGUAUCUUUAAGUCAUUGAAGCUUAUCGUGCUGCAGGAAUAACAUCAAUAUUCAGGUUUUUCUAUAGUUUGUGCUUUUUACCGUUAGGCGCCGUUGCCCUCUCCGUUUUUACCCUUUUGUUUGAUUUGUAUAUCAUCUUUUUCUAGCCUUUAGAUUUUGAAAAAUACAUCGAACAAGAGAUGGUAGUUCUCAAAAUUUUGUGUUCUGUUUGACAUGUCUCUGUAGAUAAACAGAGAAGACUCUGCAGGGACUUGUGCCCGCCGGACAAUUCUAGUUUUAUUUAUCUAAUGAUGAUUGGAAAACAGGAUCAGUUAUAGAAUUACGAUCUACAAUUUUUCGGUUCAAAUAUUUGUUGUUAAGUUUAAUUCAAUAUAAAAGUAUGAAG